AUGAUUGAUGAACAUGUUGAUAAAAAAACAUAUGAAAUGUUAUUAGCAUAUGGAUCAGAACAAAUUCAAAAGGCUGGAAUUUUAUUACAACUUCAUGCUGUUACUAUAGCUACUGGACAAUCAAUUUUACAUAAAUUUUAUUUAUACCAUAGUUUAAAAGAAUUUGAUAUAAGAAAGACAUCAGCUUCUUGUUGUUUUAUAGCAUGUAAAUUGGAAGAAAAUCAUAGAAAGUUGGAACAAAUUGCUAAAAUAUUCGAAUUUUUAAAAUAUUAUGAAGACAAAUAUUAUAAAUAUUCAAUAGAAAAUGAAAAUAAAUUAAAAAAGGAAAUUUUGGAAAUAGAAAAACAAAUAUUGAUUGGAUUUGCUUUUCGACUUGAUAAAAUCAUUGUUUCACCUCAUAGAUAUAUACUUCAAUAUACAUAUACUCUUUUUCAUAAUCUGGAUAAAUAUAGUUCUCACACAGUAGAUAAACUUGCACAAAGAGCUUGGGGAUACUUAAAUGAUAGUAUGAGAACAUCAUUAUGUUGUAUGAUUAAACCUGCUGCUAUAUCAGUUGGUUGUAUAUAUCUUGCAGCAACAUCAUUAGGAAUACCACUUAAAAAGGAAACAAUGUGGUUUAAAGUAUUUGAAACUACUUGGGAAGAAAUUGUUAUAGUAUGUAAGACUAUGUAUUCAUUAUAUUCAAUGGGAAAACCUAAAUAUUUAAUAAUAUAA